CAUUGGUUGCGGCAGACUGCGUCAUGGUAAUAUACUCUCGUUCGCCGCGCGCGAUAUCAGGCGCAAAAAGACAAGAAGCUGCCUUUAUACCUCUACACACGUCCUGUGAACGCAUAUGGAGCCUCGGCGGCCCGGAGGUCAAAAACGCGACAGUGGGUGGCUUCGCAGUAGCAUCCGACCCACGCAGGCGCUCACGAGGGGCUUCUCGGGCUAGAUCGAUGUACCGGGACGUGGGAGAGGGCGUUGCGGUCGUGAUGAUAUUGUGCGCGGUAAUGUGUCGUCCGGUCAUCAGUCGCGCUGGCGGACGCGAUCGUCAGCUAAGUCAAGACGCUGUCGCCGGUGACUACAAGACGCUGUCUCCGGUUAUCUGAAGACCUAGUUCGCCGACUAUGUAAAACUGCUGCACAACACCGGUAUCUUCGAAAUGAAGAGCUGUAAGGAGUCGGAAAUUAGUUGUCCGUCGGGUUGACGGGCGCCGAAGUUGAGAAUUAGGCACUCAGAGUGCUCAACUAGCUCAUACGGCCGAUUCGGAAUGUAACUGGAUGAAU